AUGGCCACUUAUCAUCUUCAAUGCUUUUUGGGCCUAUCCUUUGCUGUUUCACUUUAUUUUAUUCACACCACAUCCGCAUCACAUGUUUACAUAGUUUAUUUAGGAAUCAACCAAUUCCAUGACCCCAUCCUUACUUCAAAGUUUCAUAUUCAAGUCCUCUCCAAUGUGUUUGCUAGUGAAGAAGAUGCUAAACGCUCCAUCCUCUAUAGCUACAGCAAUAGUUUAUCCGGCUUUUCAGCAAAGCUCAAUUCGUCUCAAGCAACCACCUUAGCUAAGAUGGAAAAGGUAGUAUCAGUCUUCAGGAGCAAGACACUAAAGUUGCACACAACAAGAAGCUGGGAUUUUCUAGGCCUUACUCUGGAUGAUAGUGAAGUUACUCCCUUUCAGUUUGCCUACGGUCAUGAGGUAGUUGUUGGGAUCUUUGACACAGGCGUAUGGCCAGAAUCUGAAAGUUUCCAGGAAAUGCCUGGCAUGGGACCAAUUCCAUCAACCUGGAAAGGAGUAUGUGUCAAAGGAGAAAAGUUUGAGCCUGAAAAGGCAUGUAACCGCAAAUUAAUUGGUGCACGUUACUAUCUCAAAGGGUUUGAACAGGCAUAUGGGCCUCUGAACAUGAGCAGUAACCCAGAAUAUAGAUCAGCUAGAGACUUUCUUGGUCAUGGAACGCACACAGCUUCAACAGCAGCUGGGUCUAUAGUAAAAAAUGCAAGCUUCUUUGGCAUUGGCCAGGGCACUGCUAGAGGUGGAGCACCUUGGGCUAGGGUUGCAGUGUACAAAAUAUGCUGGGGUAAGAAUCGUGUAGGAAGGUGCACUGAAGCAGAUAUCCUUGCAGCUUUUGAUGAUGCUUUGCAUGACGGAGUUCAUGUUAUCUCUGCCUCGUUUGGUGCAACGCCUCCUUUGCCCCCAUUCUUCGCAUCAAGUGCUGAUAUUGGCUCAUUCCAUGCAAUGCAACUUGGAAUUGCCGUAGUAUUCUCUGCCGGAAAUGAUGGUCCGGAGCCAUCACUAGUCCAAAAUGUUGCACCAUGGUCCCUUUGCGUGGCUGCUUCCACUAUUGAUCGAACUUUUCCAACUGAGAUAGUCCUUGACAACAACUUCUCCAUCAUGGGCGAAAGCAUAAUUAGCAAAGAAAUCAAAGGAAAACUGGCGAGUGCAGUCACCUAUUUUUAUGAUGGAGUGUGCAACUCGGAGAACUGGAAACAAAAGUUAGCUACUGGGAAAAUAGUCCUAUGCUUUUACACUCCAGGACUAGUGUAUGAAAUGGCACAAGAAGCUGUUAAGACUGCAAACGGAUCGGGUUUGAUCUUUGCAGAACCCUUGACAAAGCCGAUUGCAGAAGUUGAAGAUACUAUCCCUACACUACAUGUCGACAUUAGUCAGGGGACUGUAAUAGGGAACUAUCUGUCGGAAUCCCCCAAGCUGCCUGUAGUGAAAAUAGCACCAACUAAAACAAUUAUUGGAAAGUCACCGGCACCUACCGUCGUAUAUUUUUCUUCUAGAGGACCAAGCACAAUAUCACCUGACAUUCUCAAGCCAGACAUCACUGCUCCAGGAAUCAAUAUAUUAGCAGCAUGGCCUUCCCAAACUCCUCCAACUUUGCAGCCGAGCGAUGGCCGUUUUGUGAAGUGGAAUUUUCAGUCAGGAACAUCAAUGUCUUGUCCUCACGUUUCAGGAGUAGUCGCUCUUCUCAAAUCUGUCCAUCCAGAGUGGUCACCCGCAGCCCUUAGAUCUGCUAUCAUGACCACAGCUUCUAAAAGAGACACAAGCCAUGAUAGUAUUCUGGCCGGUGGAUCAGUGGCAGGUUCGAGUCCUUUUGACAUUGGUGCUGGCCACAUAAACCCUUUAAAAGCAAUGGAUCCAGGGCUUAUUUAUGACAUGCAAACCAGUGACUACAUUCUCUUUCUUUGCAACAUCGAUUAUACCCAAGAACGAAUAAAGAGGAUAGUUCUUCCCUCUCCUGGUGUCGACACCAGCUGCAAGAAUGUGUUUAAAACAAAUGCAAAUGUAAACUAUCCAUCCAUCAGUGUCUCAAAUCUCCAAUCCACCUUGACCAUCAAAAGGACCGUUCGAAACGUGGGUUGGGGGAAGACUGCAAUUUAUUAUGGUACCGCCAAGGAGCCUGAUGGAGUGGAGGUAGUCAUCUGGCCAAGGGUCUUAAUCUUUUCACCCUUGAAGCAACAAAUCUCAUAUUACAUCACUCUGAACCCACUAAAGAAGUCUCAAGGAAGAUAUGAUUUUGGAGAAAUAGUUUGGUCAGAUGGUUUCCACUAUGUCAGAUCUCCAUUGGUUGUCCUUGUGAAUAUUUCUGCUGAUUUCAUAGUUCGCUCUACCAUUUAA